UGUAGCUUAUCAUUGUAAUCACUAACACCAAAACCUCUCUUUCUUUUCUUCUAUCUCUUCCACCACUUCAAAGAAUAUUAGUAAAGAUCUAAUAACAUACACAUUGGAAGUGGUAACAUUUUUUCUUCCUAUCCAUGAGUGCAAGGGCCAGUAGCCCCAGAAGGGGUUGGCCACCAAUGGCAAUGGCAUUGGCCAUUGUUUUGAUUUCCACUACUGUGGUUUCUGCUGCUGCAGAUAGUUACAUUUACUCUUCUCCUCCACCACCUUAUGUGUAUAAGUCACCACCACCACCGUCUCCUUCACUACCUCCUCCUUACGUGUACAAGUCACCACCUCCUCCGUCUCCAUCUCCUCCACCACCAUAUGAGCACAAGGCUCCAUCUUAUAAGUAUAAGUCCCCUCCACCUCCUUCACCAUCUCCCCCACCUCCCUAUGUGUACAAAUCACCACCUCCUCCAUCACCAUCACCUCCACCACCUUACAUUUACAAAUCUCCACCACCACCCUCACCUUCCCCUCCCCCACCAUACUAUUAUAAAUCUCCUCCACCACCAUCUCCCUCACCCCCACCACCAUAUUAUUACAAGUCUCCUCCACCACCUUCUCCUUCUCCUCCCCCUCCAUACUACUAUAAAUCUCCUCCACCACCCUCUCCGUCACCUCCACCUCCUUACUACUAUAAGUCUCCUCCACCUCCCUCACAUUCCCCUCCUCCACCAUACUAUUACAAGUCUCCUCCACCACCCUCUCCCUCACCCCCACCUCCAUAUUACUACAAAUCUCCUCCACCACCCUCUCCCUCACCCCCACCUCCAUAUUAUUACAAGUCUCCCCCACCACCCUCACCAUCCCCUCCCCCACCAUACUAUUAUAAGUCUCCUCCACCCCCACAUAUACACAAGGACCCACCAUACUAUUACAAGUCCCCACCACCACCUUCACCAUCUCCUCCACCACCUUACUACUAUAAAUCUCCCCCACCACCCUCACCAUCUCCUCCACCACCAUACUACUACAAAUCUCCCCCACCACCUUCACCAUCUCCUCCACCACCAUACUACUACAAAUCUCCUCCUCCUCCAUCCCCUAUCCCCCGUACACCUUACUACUACAAGUCCCCGCCACCACCUUCACCAUCUCCUCCACCACCAUACUAUUACAAAUCUCCUCCCCCGCCAUCUCCUAUUCCCCAGACACCUUACUACUACAAGUCCCCACCACCACCUAAGUAUCUUCCACCACCAUACUAUUAUAACUCUCCUCCUCCACAUGUUGUGUAUCCUCAACCACACCCUUACCACCACUCAUUGAUUGUGAAGGUAGUGGGUAAAGUCUACAGCUUUAGGUGCUAUGAUUGGGAGUAUCCUGAAAAGUCUCAUGACAAGAAACACCUCAAAGGUGCUGUUGUUGAGGUGACAUGCAAAGCAGGAAGCAAAAUCAUCAAGGCUUAUGGUAAAACUAAGAUCAACGGAAAGUAUAGCAUCACAGUUGAGGAUUUUGACUAUGUUAAAUAUGGUGCCACAGUGUGCAAAGCUGUGCUUUAUGCUCCACCUAAAAACUCACCUUUCAACAUACUUACAAAGCUAAACCAAGGAACCCCAUUGAAGUUGAAAUCCAAAGACAAGUAUGAGGUUGUGCUUCAGGCUAAGCCAUUUGCUUAUGCUUCAAAGAAACAUUUUAAAGAAUGUGAGAAGCCCAAGCCUUCACCAACUCCAUACUACUACAAGUCACCUCCUCCUCCGGUGCCAGUUUACAAGUACAACUCACCACCUCCACCGGUCCAUUAUUAUUCUCCUCCGUAUUACUACAAAUCACCACCUCCUCCUGUAAAAACACCGCCACAUCCUUACUAUUACAAGUCUCCACCACCACCAUCACCAUCUCCUCCUCCUCCAUAUUAUUACAAAUCUCCCCCACCUCCUUCACCAUCACCUCCUCCACCUUAUUAUUAUAAAUCUCCUCCUCCACCCAAAGUGAUAUCAAACCCUCCAUACUACUAUAAGUCACCACCUCCACCAUCACCGUCACCUCCUCCACCAUACUACUAUAAGUCCCCACCUCCACCAUCACCAUCUCCACCACCCCCAUACUAUUAUAAGUCACCACCUCCACCAUCACCAUCACCUCCUCCACCAUACUACUAUAAGUCCCCACCUCCACCAUCACCAUCACCUCCUCCACCAUACUACUAUAAGUCCCCACCCCCACCAUCACCAUCCCCACCACCACCUUACUAUUAUAAGUCCCCACCUCCACCCAAAGAGAUUUCACACCCUCCAUACUACUAUAAAUCACCACCCCCACCAUCACCGUCACCUCCUCCACCAUACUACUAUAAGUCCCCACCCCCACCAUCACCAUCCCCACCACCACCUUAUUAUUAUAAGUCUCCACCUCCACCCAAAGAGAUUUCACACCCUCCAUACUAUUAUAAGUCACCACCCCCGCCAUCACCAUCCCCUCCUCCGCCAUACUACUAUAAGUCACCACCCCCACCAUCUUCAUCCCCACCCCCACCAUAUUAUUACAAAUCUCCUCCACCACCAUCACCAUCACCACCACCUCCCUACUAUUACAAAUCACCUCCACCUCCUUCACCAUCACCACCACCUCCCUACUACUACAAAUCACCUCCACCACCAUCCCCAUCGCCACCACCUCCAUACUACUACAAAAGUCCCCCUCCACCAUCCCCCUCUCCUCCUCCCCCAUAUUACUACAAAUCUCCACCACCACCAUCACCAUCUCCACCUCCUCCCUACUAUUACAAAUCACCUCCUCCACCAUCACCAUCACCGCCACCUCCUUACUAUUACAAAUCUCCCCCACCUCCAUCUCCAUCUCCACCACCACCUUAUCAUUAUCAAAGUCCUCCUCCACCAUCUCCCAUUUCUCAUCCUCCCUACUAUUACAAAUCCCCUCCACCACCGUCGCCAUCUCCUCCACCUCCUUACCACUAUGUAAGUCCUCCACCACCAGUAAAGUCUCCUCCACCACCAGUUUAUAUAUAUGCUUCACCACCACCACCUAUCUACAACUAAGUUCAAAUUACAGAUGCACCAUUGAUGAUGAAUCAUGUUCCAGUUUUCAACUACGAAUAAAGUCAAGCUCCGUUUGGAGCAAAGUGAAAUAUCUAGCUUCGUACCCAUAUUUAUUAAAUAAAAGUCAGGAUGCAUCAUCUUUGAGCUACAAUAUUUGUCAUCGAGACAAAAUUUAUUUUAUUUCUUUGAUGACCAUCUUGCACUUCCUGAUCUUACUCUUUUCAAGUGACAGGCAAAUCAAAAUGGAGAAGCGUGAUUGAUUUAUUUGUGAUCUCUUAUAUUUAUUUGUGCAUAGAUCAAUAUGUACGUAUAUGAUAGUUUUCUAUUUAUUGAGAAAUUUUUUAUUGUAAUCUGUUAUCGUGUUUGCCAAAAGGUGUUAGCAAUAAAGAAUCGCAUUCAAUUUCUGCCUACA